AUGGCCAAUGUCGUCGAUUGCUUUGAGGACCUUCGCGGUUCGACUGGAUCCCAGAUGACCUCCACGAUCUCGUACUCGCCCAGGUCGCUUGUUCAUCGGUGGAUUCUGGACUGCAGGUCGCUUUUCCAUCCAACCAUGGGGAAGGGUUGUGGGAUUGUGGGGAAUCUGGAUGCUUCUGCCCAUUGCUAUUUCUAUGCUUUUACAAGGGCCUCAACUAGCUUCUGGACGCAGGCCCCUUUUCUCCGUCACUUUUCAGAACUUCGGCGGGGAGCUUGUCCAUCGAGCACAGCCAGGGACUGUCGGUGGGAGGGUUAG